UUUCGUCUUGACUCUUGGUUCUGACUUCAUAUCAGAUAAAAUAAAUUUAUAAAAGUAUAUAAGAUUUCGGAAUUCGACCAAACAAGUUUCAACUUUCGUAUCAGUUGUGUGUGAAGUCUGAACUAUAGAAUUUUGGAGAACAGAGAAAAUAAAAUUUGUUGUUUCGAGUUUGGUAGUACACCUCCUCUACAGAUAUUAUACUGCUGGAUGUGGUCAUUGUAUAUUUUAGAUAAAAAUCAUUUCCUACAUAAACUAGAAAAACACCAAUAUUUAUCAACUAGACAUACGUAUGAAACCUGAAAACAAACUUCUUAUUGUUUUCUAAUUUCCACUAUGCUCGCCUACCUUCCAUUUUUUAUAGAAGGAGAAGUUGUUCAAGGAUUUGGAAGAGGAUCAAAAGAAUUGGGCUGUCCCACAGCUAAUUAUCCUAGAGAUGUAGCAAAAUCUCUACCAAGUGAUAUCAAGCCUGGAGUUUAUUAUGGCUGGGCCCAGGUGGAUUCUAAUUCUGUUUAUAAAAUGGUUGUUAAUAUUGGAUGGUGUCCAUUUUAUCAAAAUAAAGAAAUGUCCAUUGAGACACAUGUUUUGCACCAAUUUGAUAAAGAUUUCUACGGAUCAUUAUUGAAAAUAUGUAUAGUAGGAUAUUUAAGACCUGAAAAGAAUUUCAAUUCAUUAGAUGAAUUGAUAUAUGCUAUCAAACAAGACAUUGAGAAUGCACAUAAAGAACUUGAUUCAGACAAUGCAAUGAAGCUAAAGACUCAUAGCUUCUUUACGAAUAAUUAAUAGAAUUUAAUAUUCCACACAUACCUACAUAAUAAGAUUGUUAAAUUUUGUCUACAGUCUAAAUAAAUUAUAUAUUUUUACAAAUGUUGUUAAUUUUUUUUUUAAUAAAAUCUGUUUAAAAAAUU